UCCCCUCCAGAUCUGAUAAAUUGAGGAAAGGGAUAUAAAAGUCCAUCCUUUCUUCCCAUGCCAAAUGCAAAUUAGGGGCUUCAGCUCCUCCGCGGGCCCAUCAUCCCCAGCCACCAGCCCCGUGGCAAAGCCUUAUGGGGACUGGGAUCCCCAACACCAACCAACCAACCAGGAGGGGAGCUUGCUUUAACUUUUUGCUGAAGGCAGAGGGGAAAAAUCAGCAGCCUAUUUAAAAAAUAAAAAAAUCAGGAAAGGAGGAAGAUGCUUUUAAAAAAAGGAAAAAAGAUUGUUUUUCCCCCACCUGGAAAAUCUUACAAAUUCUAAGCAAGGCAAAGCUGAAUCCCAAAUCUUUAUUUUUCCCCGGAGCUUUUAGGAUGAUUAAUAUCUCCCUUAGAUUAGAUUAUUUUCCCCCCUCCAGUGGGUGUGUUUUCAAUCCUCCUGCCACCCUGGAAAAGACACGGAUUAAAUUAAGGUGUUACCUGUGUUCACUGCCUCUUAAACCGGUUGGAUGGACACAAGAGCCACACCUGGAUUAACACGGGCAUCGCCCCAAGGGUGGCAUGAUGGCAUGGCCUAUUUUGGGAGAAAUUCAGCGGCUCAUCUUCGGGACAGUUCGCUCCUUCCUCUGCCUUUUGCACACCUUGUCAGAAAGAAAGAGAAAACUCGAUUUUCCGGAUGACGGUGGUGACACAGGUUGGUGCGAUGGCCACCAUGCUGUACCCUCGGGAGGAGAAGCUGGGGAAGAUGAGCCAGGAUGAGAUCGUGCUGGGCACCAAAGCCGUGGUGCAAGGCCUGGAAACCCUGCGCAGCGAGCACCACUCCCUCCUGGCGGCCCUGCUGGACACCAUCGGCCGCCUGGAGCAGCCGCCACCACAGCAACAACAACCGCACGAGAAAGGCGCCGCCCAGGAGAAGGCCCUGCUCCUCCGGAAGUCCCUGGAGGCCAUCGAGCUGGGCCUCGGAGAAGCCCAGGUAGCCCAGCAGGGUGGCUACGAGAUCCCGGCCCGUCUACGGACCCUGCACAACCUGGUGAUCCAGUACGCUUCCCAGGGGCGCUACGAGGUGGCGGUCCCACUCUGCAAGCAGGCCCUGGAGGAUCUUGAGAAAACGUCGGGCCACGAUCACCCCGAUGUGGCAACGAUGCUGAAUAUUCUUGCCCUGGUGUACAG